GACUAUGCAAUGCUGGUCCACGCCAUAAUUCGCUGCCCAUUCUAUGCAUUUAUUCUUCACGCCAUCACAAUUUAAUUUUUCAUUUUUAACCCCAUUGCCGACGCUUCCCUUAUCUUAAUCUAAUAAUCUUCGUCCCCAUCUCUUUGUUUUCCCAAAAACAAGAACUUAGUAAAGUAUUUUGUCUGCAACUUCCAGAGAGUUUGAUCGAUAAUCGAGGAGAAAUGGUUCAAAUCAAGGAAUUUCGAAUUGUCAUGCCAAUGUCCUUAGAAGAGUAUCAGAUGGCUCAAAUGUACAUGGUAAUGAAGAUGCAGCAGCAGAGUACAAAUGGGGCUGAAGGUGUGGAAGUCUUGGAGAACAGACCUUUUCAAGAUGAUGUAUUUGGAAAAGGUCAAUACACUUCUAAAGUUUAUCGUUUGCAGAGCAAAGCACCUGCUUGGCUAACAACUAUUGCACCAAAAGAUGCUCUCGUCAUGCAAGAGGAAGCAUGGAAUGCAUACCCAAGAUGUAAAACAGUGAUCAAGUGCCCUUACUUUGCCAAGUUCUGUCUCACAAUUGAAACUUUCCAUAAGGCAGACAAUGGCACAUCGGAAAAUGUGCAUUGUUUAAGUGAAGAACAACUCGCAGCUAGACAGGUAGAAACCAUUGAUAUAGCUUCUGCUGCAACAGACUACUGGAGUUAUGCUAUUGGAAGUAGCACUUUUGAUUUUUCCAAAUUUAAAUCAGCAAAAACUGGCCGCGGUCCACUUUUGGAUAGAUGGCAGGACCAUUGCAAUCCUGUAAUGACUGCAUAUAAAUUGGUGACAGUAGAUGCACCAUACUGGGGUUUUGGUUAUCGACUUGAACAAGCUUUGCUAGCGGGUGAAAGGGCUCUCUUCAUGGAAAGUCACCGGAAUUGUUUUGGUUGGAUUGAUGAAUGGUUUGGGAUGACAAUGCAACAAAUACGUGAACUUGAACAGCAAGGUGAUUGCUUAUUAAAAGAGAAAAUCAGCAAGCCAAUUUUGCUGACAAAUGCAGAAGAUUGUGACCAAAGGUUUUCUCAUAACAGCGAAAGACACGUACAGCAAGUGGUCCAUACUUGAUUUCAAGCAGAAUGGUGUUUCUCUGUUGAAAUUCCAGGCAUAAACCAAGUUGUAGUUGGAUGUGCCUUACCAACUGCAUAGUGACAGGAUUAAAGAGCAAAUACAUUCAUACACAAAACUGGAGCUCUUACAUUGUAAUGACCCCGCAAUUUAAAAUUGUCAUUGUUUCCAAGAAUUUUACAUUACAUUAGGUUUUAGCAGAAAAUUUUUUCAUCUACACUUUUUGUUCAGCAUAAAGUUUUUAUCAUGUAAUGUGAAUAUUAUUUAUCAGAUACUGUUGAAAAACUUGAGAAGUCA